CCGGCCAGCGGCGCCAUGGAGGGGAGCCCCAUCCCGGUGCUGACGGUGCCCACGGCGCCCUACGAGGACCAGCGGCCGGCCGGCGGGGGCGGGCUGCGGCGGCCCACGGGGCUCUUCGAGGGUCAGCGCAACUACCUGCCCAACUUCAUCCAGAGCGUGCUGUCGUCCAUCGACCUGCGCGACCGCCAGGGUUGCACCAUGGUGGUGGGCAGCGACGGCAGGUACUUCAGCAGGACGGCCACCGAGAUCGUGGUGCAGAUGGCUGCGGCCAACGGGAUCGGACGACUGAUUAUCGGGCAGAAUGGCAUCUUGUCGACACCUGCAGUCUCCUGCAUUAUCAGGAAGAUCAAGGCAGCUGGUGGAAUCAUCCUCACGGCCAGCCACUGUCCUGGAGGGCCAGGGGGAGAGUUUGGAGUGAAGUUUAAUGUUGCUAAUGGAGGUCCUGCACCAGAUGCUGUCUCAGAUAAAAUCUACCAGAUCAGCAAAACAAUUGAGGAGUAUGCCAUAUGUCCUGAUCUUCGAAUCGACCUAUCUCGACUAGGAAGACAAGAAUUUGACCUGGAGAACAAGUUCAAACCAUUCAGAGUGGAGAUUGUGGACCCCGUUGACAUCUAUCUCAACCUUCUUCGGACCAUCUUUGACUUCAAUGCCAUCAAGAGUUUGCUGACUGGGCCUAGCCAGCUGAAGAUCCGAGUUGAUGCCAUGCAUGGAGUUAUGGGACCCUAUGUGAGAAAAGUUCUGUGUGAUGAGCUGGGGGCCCCAGCCAACUCUGCUAUAAACUGUGUCCCACUAGAAGACUUCGGAGGGCAGCACCCAGACCCAAACCUGACCUAUGCAACCACCCUUCUGGAAGCCAUGAAAGGGGGAGAAUAUGGAUUUGGAGCUGCAUUUGAUGCUGAUGGGGACCGUUAUAUGAUCCUUGGCCAAAAUGGCUUCUUUGUGAGUCCCUCGGACUCCCUGGCCAUCAUCGCCGCCAACCUCUCUUGCAUUCCGUAUUUCCGUCAGAUGGGGGUUCGAGGGUUCGGGAGGAGUAUGCCAACCAGCAUGGCUCUGGACAGAGUGGCUAAGUCAAUGAAGGUCCCUGUGUAUGAGACCCCGGCUGGAUGGAGAUUCUUCUCAAAUCUGAUGGACUCCGGACGAUGCUCUCUGUGUGGAGAAGAGAGCUUUGGCACUGGAUCUGAUCACCUCCGAGAGAAAGAUGGCCUCUGGGCUGUCUUGGUCUGGCUGUCCAUUAUUGCUGCCCGGAAGCAGAGUGUGGAGGAAAUUGUUAGAGAUCAUUGGGCCAAAUAUGGCCGCCACUACUACUGCAGGUUUGACUAUGAGGGACUGGAGCCCAAGGCGACCUAUUACAUCAUGAGGGACCUGGAGGCUCUGGUUACAGACAAGUCCUUCAUUGGCCAGCAGUUUGCUGUGGGGAGCCACAUUUACAGUGUUGCAAAGACAGACAGCUUUGAAUAUGUGGACCCCGUGGAUGGCACCGUGACCAAGAAACAGGGCCUGAGGAUCAUUUUCUCGGACGCAUCACGGCUCAUAUUCCGGCUCAGUUCCUCUAGCGGUGUGCGGGCUACCAUCAGACUGUAUGCGGAGAGCUACGAGAGGGAUCCCAGCGGGCACGACCAGGAACCACAGGCGGUGCUGAGCCCUCUCAUAGCCAUAGCACUGAAAAUAUCCCAGAUUCACGAGAGAACUGGCCGGAGGGGUCCCACUGUCAUCACCUGAGCACAGGGCAGAUGAACACCAAGAGAGACGACGAUGCUUCACUGGGCCUUCUUGCUUCCUGUUUGUGCCUCUUAGGACUUUGGAAAAACAAAAGCUAUUUUGCUGUUGGGGGGGUG